GUUUGUGUUUAUGUAUGUGUGUGUGUGUUGUGUGUGUGUGUGGAUGAGUGUGAGUGUGUGUGUGUGUGUGUGUGUGUGUGUGUGUGUGUGUGUGUGUGUGUGUGUUGUUGCGCGUAUUCUUGCACACAUGUUUGUGCGAAUGUUUGCACACUUGUUUGCGCGAAUGUUUGCACACUUGUUUGUGCGAAUGUUUGCACACAUGUUUGUGCGAAUGUUUGUGCGAAUGUUUGCACACAUGUAUGUGUGUGUGUGUGUGUGUGUAUCUAUCUAUGUAUGUGUUUGCAUGCAUCUACCUAA